UUAUUACCCGCUUAUACUCAACAUUUAGUAAGUUUGGCUGAUAUAGCUUUAGUAGUUCACUUAUAUCUUAAUUUUUACACGGAUGAACAGAUUUCGUCAUCCGGAUCAAUAUACAUAACUCCAUAUCAAACUCGAUUAGUUUUAGGUGUUACAAACAACCGUUAGGUGGACAAAACUGCAUGUUGCGAGAGUAUAAAAAUAUAAAUGUCAAUACUACUAAUGUGAUAUAAUAGCUUUUCUAAACUGCUUCCAGAAAUACAGAAUGUCCGAUGAAAACUUAACUAUAUAUGAGAACAGUUUGAGCUUAACAAAAAGCCAGGAAAAUAUUGCGGUCUAUGGUAAAAUGGUUUCACAUAUAAAUACUGGAGUCAAUGAAGGCAAAAGUUAUAGAAACGAGCGUACAUCCAGCGUAAAUUAUUUAAAAUCGGGUUUGAUGGAAAAAAUGGAACCGAUAUACGAAAAUAUAAAACAAAAAGUAUUUUCAAGCCAAAAACUACAACUCAAAAAUUUUUUUGGAAUAGCGAAUAAAAAUGAUAUUAUUUAUGAAAACUUGUGCCGUGGAUGUGGCUAUGGCAUGUUUGAAGGAAAAAAAUAUUUAUGUGACUUUUGUAUAUGUAUGGUUGAAGGUCCGAAAAAUUACCAAUCCCAGAAACUGCGAAAUUGGAAUAAAAUUCAUGUGAACACUGAAGAGAAUAUCUAUGAAAACAUUUGUGCUAAAUGCUCCAACUUGUAUAAUACUGAAGAAUGUGAAUUUUGUAAAACAAAUUAUAAACUAAUGGAUGCAAGGACAAUAGGAAAGAAAAUAGGAAAACUUGAUGCUAUGAAUAAAUCGGAAAAAACGAUGUCUUUUCAAUAUUUGGAUAAGCCAAAAUUCUUUCAUGGAAUUUUGGGAUCGCUGAAGAAAGGCUUAAAGAAUAAACAAAGUUGUUCGAACAUACAAGAAUGUGGAAUUCAGACACCAAAGCCGGUAGAGGUAAUCCAUAAUAUCAAAGAAAACCAUGAAAUUCUUCCUCCAAAUGUCAUAUUUAAUAUUCAAAGAAUCCUCGAUUAUAAACAAGAAAAAUCUAGCCACAGUACAUUUGGGAGAGAACAAAAUAUAUACGGUCGAUUAAAAUUUAGUGAACAUUUCGUUGGCAAAAUUCCUUUAGAAGUGACUUCAGAUCAUAAAUUGUCUAAAACACAUGAAUUGACCGAAAAUUCGAUUGAAUGUUCAUUUGCUUUGGUAAACCAAAAUAAAUUAUCACCUUUGAGGAAACGACCAAAGACAUCUGAAAUGCUAAAAAAUAUUCCAGAACGUUAUUUUAACACACCAAAUUAUAAAGUACUUGCAGCUCCAUUGUCUGAAAGUGUUUGCUAUUGGGUGAAAUCAGUUCGUCAACAAGUUCAUAAUUAUCACACUUAUGGUGCAUAUUUUGAUGAUGGCGAUUAUGCUUUAUGUAUUCCUAAGAGCAUUCCAUCAAGAAGCGUGUUGAUGCACACAUACUCCACUCCUGCAUCCAGUUAUGGAAACUAUAAUUUUGUAUCCCCCUUCUAUUUAGAAAUAGGAAUGACUCAUUUUGCAGCUACUGAUAAAAAAGUAGAAGAAGAAAACACUACAUUUACAAAUAAUAUAAGUCAUGUAGAUGUUAGUGAGCAAAUCGAAAAUCGUUUUGACGCAAUGGUGGAUGUAUUUAAACAAAAUCUCAUGACAAAAUAUAUGUUUCAUAAACAGAGAGGGUAUCAAACAUCUGUUGAGUAUUCCAAAACUUCGCUCAAUACAUUAUCAGAAGCAAACAACGUAGCACGAUCAUCACUGCAGCGAAUCAAAUGGCCCUCCGAACGUAGUCCGAUUUCAGUAAUGUAUUAUCAACCGCUCUCAGCAGUUACCGCCGAAAAAUGUUUAACUAGUUGCUUUUCAACUUGCAAUGUGAUCGAAAGCAAGUGUAAUGAUCGUGGUUGUUUAAAAGGUGGAGGGAAAGCAAGUGAAAAAAGUACAAUUCACAAAAACAAAUAUGAAAAAAAUAAGUAUAACAACACACACGCACAGUACAUGAAACAAAUAAAUUGUUGCUUUUUCGAUAUUAAAGGCAAUGUUUUAGACAAACUAAACGAAGUAAGCCAUCAAAAUUCAAAAAACAACAAAUUAAAUAUUGUGCAUUUAAUUAACAAUGUGCUAAUAUCAUGUAACCUCAAUACAAGCGUUUUGCAUUUGUGUUCGAACCGAUUGCAGUACUUUAAUUGGUUUCAAGAUUGGCUUCUUUACAAUUUCAACCCGUGGAGCUUCAAUGUUAAACGUGCUUUGAAGGUGCUAGCUAAUUAUAAUAGCUUUAAAAUAUCAUUUAAAUUAUGGGCUGUACUGAAUGAGUCAGUAAAGCGGCACAGAGGUUUGUGGAAACAUGGUAAACAAGGAGAGGAUAUUUAUGGUGAAGCACCAAUUGACAUUACUGUGAGCGAACAAGUUACGAAAUUUUUUCCAAUGGCAUUUCAAAGCAGAGUGGGGAGCGACUGUAUUGUUAAUGAGAAUGAGAGUGUACAAUUAAUUGCAAGACAAAGUAUGGGUACAAAUAAAUGCAUGAAAACCAAUGACGAAGUAGUUUUACGUACAAAAUCUAAGGAAACAUUGGAAAGAAGUAAAAAAGCUCAAGGGAAAUUUUUAGAUCUUGAUGAAAAUGUAGUUAAAAUAAAUAAUUGUGACUAUAAUAAAAAUACAGAGAUUGAUUUGACAGUUCAGAAAUUUUUAAAUAGCCCAAAUCAGUCUAAUGAGCAAAAUAAAUCACCUUACACUGAAGAAGAACUUAUAAUAUCAAACGAAGAAGACAUUUAUCAACCCAUUUGGAAAUUUCAAACUGUUGGAGAGGCCCUUUACGAUAGUGAUCCUGAAUAUUAUAAUUUGGGUAAUCGAAGUUGUAAUUCGACAUAUUUGCACAAAAGAAAACAGCGAAUGUCAAAUGAUUCAUCAAUUCCAUACCUUGUUGUAUCUGAUAAUGGAGAAGAUAACGGAGAUUGGGAGACUGACGAUGAAUUUUUGUUCUCCAAACAGUUGGAUGAAUGCUGCAAAGCAGACAACAUUAAACCUUUACAAACAUCACACUGCAGUACCCCUCAGAGUAAUAGUACAAUUUAUAGUAUUGUUUCGAGUGCUGAUAUCAUAGCGGCAUCAUUAAACUCAAAUUUUCAACAUCCUCUUCUUCGUUCAGUGUGCAUUUUUUACAGCUUAAUCGAUCCCAAAAUUCGUGCAAUCGUAUAUGACUACACAUAUACCAAAUCUUCGUAUUAUUUAACAAAAAGUAAAAAUGCAAACUCGCUUUCGUAUAAUAAGGAGAAUACAAAAUUGCAACCUGUGAAUAAACCCACAAUUGAUUGGUCAUCGUCAUUAGUUGAUCAACAACAAAAUAAAGCAUUUCCAUCAUCACCAAUCAACAUAACACCUGCAAAUAAUGAACGUGCCACAGUCUUUAGUUUGAGCUCAGUAUAUGCAUGGAAGUUGAAUCUAUUAAAUAUUUCCAAUGUUGAAGAUGAAGAAGACCUGAUUGUGUCCGAGAAAGAGCUUUUGCGAUCACAAGCCAUUAAAGAGAAUACCGAAUACGAUAGUUCACCUCCAAAAUUAUCUCUUCCCCAGUUAAGUAAAAGUGUUUCGUCGGGUAAUAUUUUGGAUAUAACAAAUUCGGAUGAGAAAAAGACAAUUACAGAACGUGUGCGCAGUAAAUUUCCAAGAAGCGUUUUUAAACUUAAUGUGCGUUCACCAAAAAGCGAGAAGAAACAAAAUGGCGUCAUUCGUUCAGCAAAAACGGCAAGUUUAUAUUUGGAAUCAGAUACCCAGUCCCAAUAUCCAAUUUUCGGUGCUCCGCUUGAAAAAUUAGAAAUGAGUGAAGUAGUUCAUCAAAAUGUUCCCCGUUUUGUUGUUGAUUGUGUUGCUUACAUUGAAAGUAAAAACUUUAUUUUACAAGAUGGAUUAUAUCGAGCUUCUGGCAACAAAGUAUCUAUUGAUGAAUUAAAGAGAAAACUAUCUGAAAGCUACAUAUAUGAUCCAAAUCUUUUGGUUUCUGAUGAUAUACAUACUAUUACUAGUUUAUUAAAGCAAUUUUUUCGAGAAUUGAGCAAGCCUUUGAUCCCUCAAUAUAUAUAUGAUCAAAUCGGGCAAAAUUUUCCUGAGAGUGCAGGUACUGAAACAUUGAAAAAUAUACUUGAAGAAAUUCCUGAUCCAAAUCGAGCAACAUUGAAAUUUCUUAUUCGUCAUUUGAAGAAUGUUGCCACCUUCAGUAAAGAAAAUCGGAUGCCUGCAUCUAACUUGGCGAUUGUAUGGGGUCCAUGUAUUUUUACAUCAAAACAAAUUGUCUUUGGUGAUAUCGGACGGAUGAAUACAUUAACUAAAUUAUUUAUAGAAAACUAUGAUUAUAUAUUUAACGAAAAUGAGCGACUUGUCAAUUAAGUUCUAAGUUGUAGUAUAAAUGUUUCACAUCACAUUGUAGUAUUUACAUUAAGUCAAAUUUCUAACAAAACUUGUACACUGAUUUUUGAUGACUACUUUCAUUCGAUUCGAACAAAAAUCAUGUAUAACAUAUAUGCUAGAAUUAACCAAAUUUUACAUUGUGAUAAAAUAUAUUAAAUAUAUGGGUGCAAAGCUCUAAAUUUCUAUAAAAUAAUAAAAUACUAGUUCUAAUCUAUUAUAUACAGCUAUUGAGAGCCAAUGAGAAACAAAUGAUUAUCAGGAUAACAUCGGUUAUUAUUUGAGCGUUUGCCAAACGAGCUCAAAUUUUCCAAGAUGUGAUCCAAUAUUCGCUAUAAUAUGCCGUGAAGAGACAAAAAGAUGUCUUUUCUUUGAAUAUUUUAUAAUACUGUGAAAUAUUUCUCCCACAGUACUUUAACGAAGGAAUAAAAAAUUUAAUUCAACAAAUUUA